GCUCGUGCAGUGGCUCCUGUUUCGGGACGCUCUUUGUGCUCAGCUCGGAGCUAACGCCAAAAAGGUUUAGAAAAUGUCCAAAAACCAAGCGCAGACAGCGGAGAUGGAGGAGAGGCGGACUGCAGCGGAGUCUGAGGAGGACCUGAGCCGCCCCAAACAGGAGGACCAGAGGACAACCGUGCUGCUCGAGGUGGCUGUUCAGACGAGUCCCUCAUGGAAUCCUGGGCCCGGUCUGGACCAUUGUCCGAACCAGGGUCUGAUCCAGGCUGUGAAGCAGGAAAUCCCAGAUACUUUACAGAUUAAAGAGGAGCCAGAGGAAGUGAGAAUAAAACAGGAGGAGAACGUGAAACAAGAGGAAGAGCAGCUGCCAGUGUGUGUCCUGUCCGAUGUUGUGAGUCUGAAGAAAGAAGAGUCCUCACCGCCUCAACAAACUGAGGAGACAGAGGAAAAGAACAUUAACAUCUACACUGUUCCUGCCUCUCCAGUAGCUAUGAGACUUCGAUCCUACAGCGACAUGAUAGCCACUGUGCAAGUCAUCAUCCCUACUCAAAUUUUUACUCAAACCCCUACUCAAAAUCCUGCUCAAACUUUUUCUCAAACUUCUGCUCAAGCUUCUGCUCAGACUUCUGCUCAAACUCCUGCUCAAAAUCCUGCUCAAACUCCUGCUCAAACUCCUUCUCAAACUCCUGCUCAAACUCCUGCUCUCCAAAGUCCGCGAGAGAAACCGGUUUUGAGGGAAAAUUCUGUGUCUUCUCUCCUGCGAAGACCUUUUGCAAAACGUUUGUCUGAGGGACAGAAGAGAGUGAUAGAGCUUGGCCCGGACCAGCCAGAUUUAUGUCUGAAGCAGAAGAAUGGAGAUCGCGGCCGCACGUACGUCAGAGGAUUCUCCCGUAACGCUUACGAGAAGCGGCGCUGGCUGAUGGGAUGCGAUGUGAAGAACGCGUUUUUUUGUUUUCCGUGUUUGCUUUUUAAUUGCACUGGAACCGAAACCAAGUGGACUUCUACCGGCAUUAGCGACUUGAGGCAUCUGUCAGAAAAGUGUAAACGCCAUGAGAACUGCGUUAGCCAUGUCGAUAACUGUUUCAGGCUAAGCGUUUUUGGUCGUGCAAAUAUAGCUGUGCAAUUAAACGAAGCAUACAGAGAUAGCAUACGCAAUCAUAACAAAGAGGUCACUAAAAACAGACACAUACUUUCACGGAUUAUUGACCGUAUUAAGCUUUGUGGAGCAUUUGAACUAGACGCGUGUGGUCAAAAUGAAUCGGAGUCUUCGAGUAUUCCUGGUAUAUUUCAAAAUCUUGUAGAUUUCGUCUCCUCCCCUGAUGCAGUUUUGAAAGAGCAACCAGAUAAUUCCACUGUGGUUAAUGGCAUGUCCAGAACCUUUCAAAACGAACUGCUGGACUGCAUGCUUUCAGUUACAAGGGAUGAAAUUCUAAGUCAAAUAAAGGACUGUGGCUUCAUUUCCAUACAGGUAGAUGAGACCAGAGACAUGUCCAACCAGUCUCACCUUGUUCUUGUGCUACGUUACGUGGACAAAACACACCAAGUCUAUGAACGUUUUUAUUCUUUCAUCCCAUUGCAAAAUGCCACCGCUGAGUCCAUCGCAGUAGCACUGGAGGAGCAGCUCACAACCGUCCUCCCAGAAAAUCAGAAAGACAAACUCAUCUCCCAGUCGUACGAUGGAGCCCAUGUGCUGGGGGUUCAUGGGAGAAUACAAAAGCAGUACCCUAACGCACACUACAUCCACUGCUACACUCACCAACUCAGUUCAAUCACCAGACAAGCCACCGCGUACAUUCCAAAAGCCUGCGUAUUCUUUUCUGACCUUGAUCGAUUUGAACUCUUUUUUGCCACUUCUCCUGAGUGCACCUGUGUCCUUACUGAAUUGGUGCUCCAAAGGUUGCAGACGUCCGACCGCAUCCGAUGGGAUUUUCCGGCCGUCAACACUGUGUUUGAGCAUAAGCAGGACCUGAUUCAGUGCUUUGAGAAGAUAAAAGACUCUGAGGACUUUGACGCAGCCACAAAGCAAGAGGCAGCAGCAAUGUUAAUACUGCUAGAAAACCCAGAUUUUAUAUUUUUUCUGGAACUGUUUCACCAAAUUCUGCCUUUUGUGGAUGCUCUAAACACUAAGCUCCAGAAGAAGGACAUAGACUGCGUCUACGUCAAAUCUAGCAUCGAUCAGUUUCAAGAGGACUUAGAAAAAAUCAGGGACUCUGAUCAUUCCAUUGCUGAGGAGCAGACCGGUGGAGAGCGGCCAAACAAGAGGCUUCGACUGGCUGAUCCAGAGGAGAAUGGCAGGGUUGGAGAAGAGCUGAAUAUUCAACCGCAGAAAACGUCCAAGUACCAGAGGCAGCUGGAAAAGAGUUACAGAAUAAAGAUUUGUGACUCCAUUAUAAAGCACACCACACAGCGCUUUUCCUUCACGUCCCACCUCAUCGCCACGACCCUGCUUCAGUCGGACAGGUUUGAAGAACACCACAGAUCUCUACCGGAGCAGGCUCUGAACUCCAUCUUAAAGGCCUUCCCCACCCUCAACGCCACCAGACUGAAGAUCGAGCUCGGUGUCAUCUACAGCAAAGAGGAGCUGAGAGAGUGCAGAGGAGCCAUGGACCUCCUGCACGUCUUCACCCAGAACGAUUUAUUAGACGUUUUUCCGGAAACUGUCGAACUGUUGAAAAUGGUGAUCACGAUGCCCAUGACCACUGCGGAGGCGGAGAGGCGCUGCUCCGCUUUGAAAAGGGUCAAAUCGUUCCUCACAAACUCCACCAACCAGGACGGACUGAACGCGCUGGCGAUGCUGUCCGUGGAAAACCAGCUGAUAACCGACAUGUGGGAUUUUAAUCACAGGGUCAUUGAGAAAUUCGCUGCGCAGAAGGACAGAAGUGAAAAGUUCAUGUACAAGUAGAGCGGAGAUUACUCAAAUUUUGAAAUAUUAAAGAAUCUUUACCUGAUUUAUUUUUAUUCUUAGAUGCUGUUCAUCAUGCAUUGUGUGGUGAAAUCUGCUAAAUAAAAAAACAAUGGGCCCUUUCCACGCUGUCACCUGGUUAGUUCUGGUUCUCUAAAAAUGGGCAGAUUCCCACUUCCCGUUUCAUUCAUUCUCUGAGAUUUUAGCCAAGUCUUCAGUAGCUCAGUUGGUGGAGCGUUUCUUGACUUAUCUGAAAGGUUGGAGGUUUGAAUCCCACUCUCGACGUAAACAUCGUAACAUCAUUGGUUGAGGGGUCAGAUCCACACGUUGGCUGGUGUGAUAUCAGUUCUCACAGAUGAAUGGUGUGGAGUCCUUGGGCAAGACACUUACCGUAUUUUCCGGGCUAUUAGACGCACUCUUAAUCCUCUAACCACAUCAAAAAACGACUGCGCGCCCCGCAAUCCAGAGCACGAAGAUACACGAAUCCACUCAGGUGUCCCAGCUUGACUUCAGUGAACUACAAAGCCGCACCACCCACAGAACACACAAACACACACAGAGCAGACAGCGACCGCACAGCGAAACACACCCACAGACACACUCAUCACUCCACGCCGACGAGGAACGGAACGGAAGAACGAACCGAAAAGCGAGUGCAAUGUGCCACUUCUAGACACGACUGAACAACUGAGUCACUGCGAACACACCGACAAUCCGUUGGUCCCAGACACACCCUCCCUACACGCCACAACUGAACAAAGCCCAGAGUCACCGUGAACACCACAAACAAACAAAACCACUCACCCAUCACACUGUUGGGUUUCCUUUAAAGUCCAGUGUGGUUUAUUUGUGAAAAAAGUUUGAAAAUAGACCAUUUAAUGACAGUGCGUUUUAUAAUCCAGAGCGUCUAAUAACCCGGAAAAUACAGUAAUCCACCUCGCCCACCUUCCUUGUUGUGAAGCACUUUGAAGGUUGAAAAGGCCAGUAUAAAAAUCUGACUAUUUACCAAGUCUCGUUAAUAUAAAUGGGUCAGAGGUGAGAUGUUUUCUCUUGUGAAUUAGUUAAACAUUUCCUCACACUUUUUCAUUUAUGUUUCAUCAUUUUUCAUUGUAGAUUCUCACUAAAGGUAUCAAAACUGUGGAAAAAUGUAGAAAUAGCCACCCUUUGAGGAACUGAAGAUAAAAUUAAAGUAAUAUUUAGUUAUUUUAUCAAAACUCCGCUAAAUUCUCAUAGAAAAUUAACAGAGCGUCCUUUUUGAGAGAACCGAAACUCUCCAGACAGCUGAAAAGGGCCCAUUGAAAAUAAAGUGUAAUCUAUUCAUUUAACGUAGCACUUUCUUGGGUAAUAAUUAAAUCUAACUAAAGUUCAAACUAAAACUCGUGACUCAGAAAACAGGACCAGGCCCUUAAAUAUUGUUUAUAAAGAGAUUUUGUUUUAUAUAAUUGAAAUACACUAACAGUUGACAUGGACAUGUUGACAAUAAAACUUUAUACACAUUUGGAACUGUUUGAUUUAAAUAAAAACUGUCCUUGUG